UGAUCAGUUUAAAACGAGCAUGGCGUCCAUCAGCAGACAAAUGAAGAGCGUCUUCUUCCUUCUCAUAACCGCCGCUCUCCCAGCAUGCACCGGGACCCCAGGAGGACGAAUGUUUGUGUCCCGACAUGAAGCCACUGGUUUCCUGCAGCGAACUCGAAGGGCCAACACUUUCCUGGAGGAGCUGAGAAACGGAAACAUGGAGCGCGAAUGUUACGAGGAGAAAUGUUCCUACGAGGAGGCCAGAGAGAUCAUCCCGCACCCGCAGCAGCUGGAAAACUUCUGGAGGACCUACACAGCGCCGAACCUCUGCCUGUCGUCUCCCUGUAAGAACGGGGCGACCUGCACCCGCCACCUCGCCUCCUACGCCUGUAAAUGUGCCCCCGGUUUCCACGGGUCCAAAUGUGACAAAGUCCGAUCGACCUCAACCAGGUGUCGCUAUAGAAACGGCGGAUGCGAGCAUUUCUGCAGAGAGAAUCCGGAUCGCUCGCGGUUCUGCUUCUGUGCUCCAGGAUACGGACUGGACCAGGACAACAGCACCUGCCUGCCCAAAGAGCCGGUCGUCUGUGGGAGGCCGCUGGUCAAUUUUGCCCCCCGGGUUGUUAGAGGGCAGGCCUGCCCCAAAGGUCACUGUCCAUGGCAGGUUGCGCUGUACGAACACAACCGGUUCAGCUGCGGCGCCAUCAUCCUGUCAGACGUGUGGAUUCUCACCGCAGCGCACUGCGUCUGGAGCAAACCUUCAGCCAUCUUACACAUCUACGUAGGCAAACAUGACCUAGCGACAGAGGAGAAGACGCAGCAGCAGCGGCGUGUGCUGAACAUCACCAUCCACCCGGACUACGACCCCCUGACCACCGACAGCGACCUGGCCCUGCUGAAGCUGCACCGCCCGGUGAAGCUGGGCCUCCACGUCAUCCCCAUCUGCCUGCCGGCUCGGAACAGCACCUUCGCCUGGACGCUGUACAACGUCCGCCAGGCCACCGUGUCCGGAUGGGGCCGCCUGGUGGAGGCCGGCCCCAUCGCCCGCUACCUGCAGUGGCUGGUGCUGCCCAGGGUGCCGCUGCAGGAGUGCCGCCUCCACACCCAGCUCAACAUCACCAAGAACAUGUUCUGCGUGGGGCACAGACGGGGCGGGCAGGACGCCUGCGAAGGCGACAGCGGCGGACCGCUGGUGGUGAAGUACAAGAAGACGUGGUUCCUGACGGGCGUGGUGAGCUGGGGGAAGGGCUGUGCCAAGGAGAACAUGUACGGCGUCUACGCCAAAGUCACCAACUUCCUGGAGUGGAUCGAAACUGUGAUGGCUACCGGCUGAAACGGCGCAGGUCAACGCAGCGCCGAGUAAACUGUGCUAGGAAAGUAGAAAUGUCUGUAGAAAUGUAGUUACAUUAACCCAGCGACAAGCUCAAAGUUUAGAUUUAAUGUCUGAAAUUACUUCUGUGGGUUUACAUCUGGACAGGGGGAAGGAAAUCUGUAUUAAUGUUCCAGAGAGUCAUAAUUCUGUCAUCUAUAUGUAAUAAACAUACAUAAUCAGG